ACUGAAGUAGUAUACAGAAAUAGCACUAUUAUAUUGGCAUUCGCGACUUUUCGUCAUUAUAAUAAUCAUUUUUCCGCUUUUGUUCCGAAUUGCUUUUUCCAUUAAAUUUCCAAAAGUCGGAUUAAAUUUGUUUGGAUAAAUAAAAAGAAAGCCAUAGAUUUGGUCGAAAAACGUGCAACAGUGAAAGUGUGAACAUUUUCAGAGAAUAAAAACAAUUAAAUUAUAAUGGAUAAAGUUAGUUCUGUCGCUAUUUUAGAUGCUGGAGCACAGUAUGGAAAGGUGAUCGACAGACGUGUUCGAGAGCUAAAUGUUUUAUCGGAAAUAUUACCGCUUGACAUAGAAGCAUCAAAACUGCGUGAUUAUAAAUCAAUCAUUAUAUCGGGCGGACCAAACAGUGUUUAUGACGAUAGUGCACCGCAGUAUGAUGCUGACAUUUUCAAAUUGGGCAUACCAAUACUUGGGAUAUGCUAUGGUAUGCAAGUCAUUGCAAAAGAAUUUGGCGGUGAAAUUGAAAGAAAAGAUGUACGUGAAGAUGGACCGACAGAAGUUAAAGUUGACACAAAAUGCCCACUAUUCGACCAUUUAGACGAACAACAACAAGUUUUGCUAACACAUGGCGAUAGCAUUACCAAAUCCGGCGAUCGUUUAAAGAUUGCCGCAAUGUCUGAAAGCGAUGUAAUCGCCUCUAUUUGGAAUGAGGAAUUUCGUGUGUUUGGUGUUCAAUUUCAUCCAGAGGUGGAUAUAACUACAAAUGGCCAACAAAUGUUGCACAAUUUUCUGAUGAAAAUUUGUGGAUUGGUACCAAGCUACACAAUGGAAUGCCGUAAAGAGAGCUGUAUCAAAUACAUUCGUGACAUCGUUGGAUCGAGCAAAGUCUUAGUUUUGGUCAGUGGUGGUGUUGAUUCAACUGUAUGUGCCGCUUUGCUUACACGCGCACUGAAUCCAAAUCAAAUUCAUGCUGUUCACAUUGAUAACGGAUUUCUGCGAAAGGACGAAAGCAAAGAAGUUGAAGAGUCCCUCAAUCGACUGGGAUUGGAGAUUAUUGUGAAAACUAGUUUCUACAAGUUUUUUAAAGCAACAACAACCGUAAGAAAAGCCAAUACAACGUACAAUACGGAAACGCCAAUGCUUUGCUUUGCAAUAAAUCCGGAAGAAAAGCGUAAAAUUAUCGGCGAUACAUUUUUGAAAAUUGCAAAUGAAACGAUGCGAGAAUUGAAUUUGGACCCAAAAGAUGUAUACCUGGCACAAGGCACAUUGAGACCCGAUCUUAUUGAAUCAGCAUCUGAAUUGGUUAGCAAAAAUGCUGAUACCAUUAAAACGCAUCACAAUGAUACGGAGCUGGUUCGUCAACUUCGUGCGGCCGGUCGAGUUGUUGAACCAUUAAAGGAUUUCCAUAAAGAUGAAGUGCGCAGACUUGGCCGUGAUUUGGGUUUGCCAGACGCUUUAGUUGAUCGUCAUCCGUUCCCCGGUCCUGGUUUGGCUAUACGAAUUCUGUGCGCAUCCGAACCAUAUUUGGAAAAAGAUUUCGCCGAAACUCAGGUAAUUGCACGUGUGAUUGCCGAAUACUAUUCCAAGUCACAAAAAAAUCAUGCUCUACUCAAUCGUGUUACGAAUGCAACCACAAAAAAUGAACAAGUGGCAUUAGAAGAGAUUUCAAAGAAAAUGAAAAUCAAUGCCACUUUACUGCCAAUUCGAAGUGUUGGUGUACAGGGUGACUGCAGAUCUUACAGUUAUGUUCUUGGUUUAUCCACGGAAGAGACACCAGAUUGGAAGGAUAUGCUAUUUUUGGCCAAACUUAUCCCUAAAAUUUUACAUAAUAUCAAUCGUGUUUGCUACAUUUUCGGUGGUCCAGUUCAAUUCCCGAUCAGCGAUAUUACUGAAACGAAAAUUAGCCAAUAUAGUUUGGCUCAAUUGCGACAAGCCGAUCAUUUAGCAAAUACGAUUUUGCAUACGAGCGGUUGCAUGUCAAAAAUUUCACAAAUGCCUGUGGUGUUGAUACCGAUCCACUUUGAUCGAGAUCCAGUAAAUCGAAUCCCAUCGAGCUCUCGGUCCAUUGUCCUACGGCCAUUCGAUACCAACGAUUUCAUGACCGGUGUACCAGUUGUUCCUGGCUCAGAGAAAUUACCGCAACCGGUCAUAGAUAAAAUGGUGCGAGCGAUUGGUGGAAUUGAUGGUAUUACACGUGUUCUGUACGAUUUGACCUCAAAACCGCCCGGUACAACCGAAUGGGAAUAAAGAAUAUGAAUUUCAAACAUUUUUUUUGUUAUUUAAUAUAUGGAAACGAAGAUGCAUUUUCACGUGAAAAUAAGUUGACUUUUGAUUGUAUUAAGUGUAUACACAGUUGCAAAAAAAAAAAUUUGGCCAUUGAGUGAAUAGAGUGAAAUGACAUUAAACAGUCACAGCUAAUUGUUAAUGUUGAACACAAAGAAUCGAUGAUAACGAUAGAAAAAAACUUAUCACUUUAUUGUAAGAAAAUGAAGAGGAAAGAGAGAGAGAGAGAGAGAGAGAGA